UGACUGCCCAGCUGGAGGUAUUCACCAGCAUUGAGAUUACCAUACACCGUCGGAGCCCUGAAGGUCUCCCUGUUGCAUCCACUCCCGAGCGCGGCGAUCUCUCACUAGCUCCAAUAUCUGGCGUGUCGAAGUUCCACUCCCGAUUUCGUUGUUCUCCCGGCAUUUGGGUCACAUUACUCCCCUUGGCCACCGCCUUUCUUCUUUCAUACUCGCUGCCACGGCUCACAUCGACAGGAUCAGCCCUCUUUCGAUGUCCUUAACCCUUGAGGAGGAGGCAAGCAUGGCUACCAUUGCUGCCGAACCUCAUCAGGACAAGGUCUCACCCGCCGAUCUCGACGACAUGGCAUUGUGCGGCAAUCCCAGCAAAUCCACCACAGAAUCGGCAUCAUCACCGACAUCAACGUCAACGUCACAGAAGCCUAAGAGGAGGAGACAAAAGCAACAUGGGUCUCCUCACCUCAAAUCGCACCAACCGCAAGAGACGCUCGCCGGCGCCUUUCGCAUGAUGCUCGUCCGCCAUCAGCUUGGCCUCUCUCUCAACCUCGUCCUCCUCCUCGCUCUGACACACGCUUUCUUCCCCGCUCUGCGUGCUCACACAUCCGCCGUUUUCGCCAUCUCCUAUCCUUCCUCCACCCAACCAGGACUAUACGCGCAGGGUCCCAAUGACAUCUACAUGGUGGGGAGCUUCGUUGUCUUUUUCACCGGACUUCGCGCUUUUCUCCUCGAUUAUGCAUUUAUGCCGCUGGCGACUAAGUGCGGGAUUAAGAAACAGAAGGCGCGGGUGCGGUUUGCGGAACAGGCAUAUGUGCUGUCAUACUAUGGUUUCUACUGGUGCUGGGGCGUUUAUAUCUUUGUGCAGGACACCCCCGCGGAAGUCAACAGCAUCCACAGCCUGUUGCAAUCCCUCUGGCGCGACUUUCCACGCCUGCUGCUGCCCGGCAGCAUCAAGGUCUACUAUCUCUCCCAGCUGGCGCAAUGGAUUCAGAUGGUUUUGGUCAUUCACAUUGAAGAGAAGCGCAAAGACCACUACCAGAUGCUCGCACACCAUGUCAUCACCAUCGCGCUGAUGGCUGGCAGCUACGCUAAUUACCAAUGCCGGGUGGGCAUAGCGAUCCUCAUCUGCAUGGAUUUUGUCGACUGCGUUUUCCCGCUCGCCAAAAUCCUACGCUACUUGGCUCUGCAGAGAGCCUGUGAUAUCAUGUUCGGCGUCUUCGUCGUCUCGUGGAUCCUCUCUCGCCAUGUCGCUUACUUGUCGAUCUGCUGGAGCAUCUACGCGCUCAUCAAUACCCCUGGAUUGACGGAGCAUGGCACCUAUUCCGCAACCACUGGCGCUAAAAUCUCAUCGGUCCCGUAUGCCGAUGGCAACAUCAGCAGCUUUGCUGCGUCACCUGUCGCCUGGCUCAGCGGAGUCGCCCCAGCGUUCCUCCGACCGGAUGCACGGACAAUCACUUUCAGCGCCAGCAUCCGCUGGACCUUCCUUAGCCUGCUCAUGGCGCUACAAUGCAUCACCCUCGCCUGGCUAUACAUGAUCUUCCGCGUGGUCGCGAAAGUCCUCCGCGGCGAAGGUGCCGACGACUCCCGCAGCGACGACGAAGGCGACGAGGAGAACGAUAACGGCAACGACGAUGACGAUGUCCAAGAUGACGACUUUGACGCCUCUGACGACGCCGUCAUGCGCGCAGGCUACGAGGCCAAACCUCGCUUCAUCGAGGUCGCGCCGGAAGACGACGAGGACAACGGCGAAUGGACAUCGGCGAACACCGCGGCACGAAAUGCCAGCAUGGCCGCGGCAGGGAGCGCGAGCAAUAACAACAACACCACUCGGAGGAAAUCCCGGACCCCCGCAGGAGGCAUCUCCUCGGGCCUCAACCUCGUCGGCGAUCACAAGGAUAUCUUGAACCGCAUCGGGUGUUUGAGCGAGGAGCAGCUGGCGCGCGAACGAGAGAAGAGGGAGGGCAGUCCACGGUCGGAUCGACGGUCGUAAGAUAGACCAAGCACAAACUGGUUUUGCGUUGUCGUUCUCGUUCUGAAAGUCGAGGUCUAUCUGAUAAUUCUUUGGAGGGAAUCAUGUUUUUCUUGUAAUGCAAAAUUUUCGAGCUUUUCUUGUUUAUCGCAAGAAAGUAAAGAACAAAAUCGAUACCGGUAAGGAUUGAAACUCCUGUCUGAUCUCAGGGCACUAUAACCAUGUUCCUUUCUUAGUGUAUACCUGGU